AUGCAGCGCCCGACGGCGGUGCGCGGCGGUGGCGCCUUCGGCGCCCCGCACGGGGCCCCGUUCGGCGGCGCGCACGCCCCCACGAGGCUCGGACGCGCGUUUCGAAGCGUAGACUUUUAUCGCAAACUCCCGCGCGACAUGACGGAGGGCACGGUGAGCGGGAGCGUGAUAUCCAUCUUCGCCGCGGUGUUGAUGACGUUUCUGUUGCUCAGCGAACUGCGGAGUUACUCGUCGAGCUCGUUCGACACCAAGGUGGUGGUGGAUCGGAGCGUGGAUGGGGAAUUGCUGCGAAUCAACUUUAAUCUUUCGUUUCCCGCGCUGUCGUGCGAGUUCGCGAGCGUGGACGUCGGCGACGCCCUGGGAUUGAAUCGGUUCAAUCUCACGAAGACGGUGUUUAAGCGGGCGAUCGACGCGGACAUGCGAGCGAUCGGGCCGCUGCAGUGGGACCGAGCGGUGGACGAGGUGCUCAAGGCGAGCGACGAGGAGACGACGCGCGCCGAGGAGAGGAUCGCGGAUCUGGACGAACUGCAAGCGAUGGUGAAGGAUCCGACGCACGCGGUGGUGUUGGUGAAUUUCUACGCGCCGUGGUGUCCGUGGUGUCAGAGGCUCGAGCCCGUGUACGAAGCCGCGGGGCUCGCGGUGCACGAAAAGUACCCGCCCGGGACGAAGUCGCGCGUGCUGUUCACGAAGAUUGAUUGCGUGGUGCACGAAAAGUUUUGCAUGGCGCAAGUCGUGACGGGAUACCCCACGAUUCGCAUUUUCACUCACGGCACCGACAUUUUGAUGCACGAGGGCAAGCGCGAGCACGCGUUUUACAAGGGUCCGCGCACGGUGGAUGGGCUGACGCAGUUUGUGGACACGCUCGUGCCACCGCCGGAGCCGGUGGGUGAGUCGAGCAUAGAGGCGGCGCAGGAGGAAAACAUGAAGCUUCGGCUUCCGGCGAGCGUCGAUAUGCAAAAGCGCAUCAUCGGCCCGGGGUGCGCCAUCACCGGUUUCGUGCUCGUGAAGAAAGUUCCCGGGCACUUGUGGAUCAGCGCGUCCUCUCCGGAUCACUCGUUCCACGGUGAAACGAUGAACAUGACGCACGUCGUCAACCACUUUUACUUUGGACAUCAACUCAGCGACGAACGUAGACGUUACCUGGAAAAGUUUCACGCCGGAGAAAAAGCGGGCGACUGGCACGACAGACUCGCGAGCGAGCGCUUCGUCUCCAACGCCGCGCACGUCUCUCACGAGCACUAUUUACAAACCGUCCUCACGACCAUCACUCCGCGCGGGCGAUACACCCUUCCGUUCAGCGUGUACGAGUACACCCAGCACUCUCACGCCGUGCACGAACCGCUUCCAAAGGCAAAGUUUCAUUACCAACCGAGCCCGAUGCAAAUCGUCGUCUCCGAGGAAAAGAUGGCGUUUUACUCAUUCAUCACCAGUCUCAUGGCCAUCAUCGGCGGCGUGUACUCCGUCAUGGGCAUCGCCGACGGCGUUUUGUUCAACUCACUCGCCCUCGUGCGCCGCAAGCUCGAGCUCGGCAAGCAAGGUUAA